AUGGCGACGAGCACCAGAACCACACAUGCCCGCAAUUCAUCCUCUCUGGAGAGCGUCGCCGUCCCGCCGUCACCACUCAGCCCGGCCACAGUCAACAGUCCGGCUGGCCGCACACGGUCGACACGCGGGCCUCCAGCCAUAGAUGCGUCCCAACUGAUGCUAACUCCUCCUCCGUCGGGCGCUGCUAGGCCUGACCUGACGGCUCGUCUAGAUGCCUUUUCCAUUGUCAGCCCCUUGGGCAGCAGCCAUGAGAAGGAGGCGUCGGCCUCUACGAUGCCCUCGCCACCGCUGCGGGAGCAGUCCUUCUUUGCUCAAAACCGGACCAUCCUGCUCUCGGGACUGCCACCAUCGCCCAAUCCAUCGUCUCCUGUGCCGACACCGCAGAUGAGCAGUAGCAGUUCUACCAGCAUCAGUUCCCGCAGACCGCCCAACCGGCGUCUGACUCCGCUCGUCACCCGGAGCAGCACUGGAGGCCGGCAGCUUCUGGCCGGCUCUCUUGCCGACAGCCCGAUGAUGUCGCCACGUGUGCUCUCGCCGUGUGUGUACGUUCGGGCCACCAGCCUCGAGCGCCAAGAUGCCGUCUCGCCCCGAGCUGCCAGUCUGGGCGGCGAUGGCGCAGACACAACUGCCGACGGCACCGAGAGCGUCACCAGUACCACCACCACAACCGGCGAUCUGCCGCUCGCCAAAGGUCAGCUGCGCAUCUGUGCCAUCGUGCGGCCGAGCUCAGAUGAGAAGCCAUAUGCCAUCCGGCGCAUCGUCGAGCGCAAGGCCCUGGCUCGCGCGGUGCCAAAACCAGACCCUCGAACGGCCACCAGCGUCAACAUCCUCCCGUCUCCCAUUCCUUGCUCGCCCCUCUCGGCCCUGCCGCCGCUCAACCCUAGCCAUCCGUCGGCUGUGGCCGGCACCAAGCGCCGUGCCUCUCCGUCACCACUGUCGCCGGCCAGCCCUCAUCCCAGUUUGCGCCAGCAUGGCCGCCCUGGCAGCCCCAGUGAACAGCCUUCUCCAGCCCAAUUUACCGCCGCUGGUGGGCUCCCCAUUCCUAUUCGUCCUCAUUCUGCCCUCGGUAUUCUUCCCGGCUUAGCUGCCGUCAUCCUGUCGGGUCAUGUGCACCCCGGAGACAUCAUUGAGCAGCCACUCCCUCAUCCCGAGGCCUGGCCUCAAACUGUGUCUUAUACCUACAGCGGCUGCGGUGAGAUCACAGACGCUGUCAGGGCAAAUAUUGAGCAUCUGGGUGGCAGCGCCAAAUGA